GGAGAACCACCUCCAGACUUUUUGUUCUAGGACCUCCGUGAUUAUCAACAAAAGAUGCCAAUCAGACAGCCUUAGCCAAAUGACUGAAAGCCCAGUUAAAAAAGAAAAGAAAGAAAAAUCAGGUUUAAGACACAAGAAAAAGGAACGCAGCAAACCACAGCGCAGGAAAACUGGGCGCACACAGGCACGUAGGCUCCCCUGCAUGGAAACAGCAGGUUGUAACCGACUACCCGGAGAACGCGGAGCACCCCAGACAGGAACUUUAAAAGGAUUGAAAUCUGUUGCCUGUUCCACUAGGAAUAUUGUUUGCAAGGCACAAGGUGUCUUUUGGUAGUGAGUACCCUGUGCGCAUGCGCAGGUCCAUUCGGGAAUUACUGCCCAGCCGCCGACUAAGUUGCAUUCCUUGAAUCUUCGCAGAAAAGACAAUUCUUUCAUCAGAGUUAGUAAUGUGGACAGUACAAAACCGAGAGAGUUUGGGGCUUCUUUCUUUUCCCGUGAUGGUUGCCAUGGUUUGUUGUGCACACAGCUCCAAUGAACCCAGCAACAUGUCAUACGUCAAAGAAACAGUGGACCGACUGCUCAAAGGAUAUGACAUCCGCUUGCGGCCGGACUUCGGAGGGCCCCCGGUGGACGUCGGGAUGCGGAUCGAUGUCGCCAGCAUAGACAUGGUCUCGGAAGUGAACAUGGAUUAUACACUCACCAUGUAUUUCCAGCAGUCUUGGAAAGACAAGAGGCUUUCAUAUUCUGGAAUCCCAUUAAAUCUGACCCUCGACAACAGGGUAGCUGACCAACUCUGGGUACCAGACACCUACUUUCUCAAUGACAAGAAAUCAUUUGUGCAUGGGGUCACAGUGAAAAAUCGAAUGAUAAGGCUGCAUCCUGAUGGAACUGUCCUCUAUGGACUACGGAUCACAACCACCGCAGCAUGCAUGAUGGAUCUUCGAAGAUAUCCUCUGGAUGAGCAAAACUGCACCCUGGAGAUUGAAAGUUAUGGCUACACCACCGAUGACAUCGAGUUUUACUGGAAUGGAGGAGAGGGAGCAGUAACCGGGGUCAAUAAAAUCGAGCUUCCUCAGUUUUCAAUUGUUGACUACAAGAUGGUGUCCAAGAAGGUGGAGUUUACAACAGGGGCAUAUCCACGACUAUCACUAAGUUUUCGUCUAAAGAGAAACAUCGGUUACUUCAUUUUGCAGACCUACAUGCCUUCCACACUGAUUACAAUUCUGUCCUGGGUGUCAUUUUGGAUCAACUAUGAUGCAUCUGCAGCCAGAGUCGCACUAGGAAUUACCACGGUGCUGACAAUGACAACCAUCAGCACUCACCUCAGGGAGACUCUGCCAAAGAUUCCUUACGUCAAAGCAAUUGAUAUCUACCUGAUGGGCUGUUUUGUGUUUGUGUUCCUGGCUCUGCUGGAAUAUGCUUUUGUAAAUUACAUUUUCUUUGGGAAAGGCCCUCAGAAGAAGGGAGCAAGCAAACAAGACCAGAGUGCCAAUGAAAAGAAUAAACUGGAGAUGAACAAAGUCCAGGUCGACGCCCAUGGCAAUAUUCUCCUCAGCACCCUGGAAAUCAGGAAUGAGACCAGCGGCUCCGAGGUGCUCACAGGUGUGAGUGACCCCAAGGCCACCAUGUACUCGUACGACAGUGCCAGCAUCCAGUACCGCAAGCCGCUGAGCAGCCGUGAGGGCUUCGGGCGCGGGCUGGACAGGCACGGGGUGCCCGGCAAGGGGCGCAUCCGCAGGCGCGCCUCGCAACUCAAAGUGAAGAUCCCUGACUUAACUGAUGUGAACUCCAUAGACAAGUGGUCCCGAAUGUUUUUCCCCAUCACCUUUUCUCUUUUUAAUGUCGUUUAUUGGCUUUACUAUGUACACUAAGGUCAGUCUCAUGGUUUCGUUUAGACUCUCUUCCUUGGCUUGUUUUCUAACCCCACAGGUUCCCAACAGCGCUCACUGCUGUGGUUUUUGAGGUAAGAGAUUCAGCCAUGCAAUUGGUUUUCGUGUCAGUGUUUAUUACCACACCAUGUUUACUUCAACAACAACAACAACAACAAAAGGGUAUUUUUUCCUGUCUACUGUGGUCCAGGUUAUUAGCUCUGUAAGAGUUCCGUCGAUUGCUUUGUUUACAAACACAAGAGAGAGAGGUAGAUGGGUGGUAGCUAAUGUUGGCAGUCUUUCCCAGUUGCCCUGGAUCUUACCGAAUAAUUUGAAAAUGAAAAUGUACAAUGGACCUUGCUGUCCACCUGCACUGUGUUCUGAGUAAACUGUAAUCAUCUCAUUCUGCCAAAAACAAAACAAAAAAAAUGUUUUAAUAACAAGAAAAAGAAAAAAAAAAACCUAACUUCAGCAUCUCAGAAGAAUAAAGCCAUUGAUAAGCUGCAGGUUUCCAGGAAGUGGGGAUAUAAUACUGACAGUUUCCCUCCCCUCUGAAGUUCUCCUGAGUCCCUUGAAAAGGCUUCUCAGCUCUAUAGAAGAGGGACAUCAAAGCUAGUGUCAGUCACCUUUUCUCCCAAACUCACCCUCCAUCCAACAAUGACCAUGGAUAUCCUUACCAAUGCUUCUUUCUCAAACUGCCCAGAUGUUCAAAGUUAGUAUUAGAAUCCAGCCUGAUCUAACUGGUAGUCAGUCACUGAGAACAUUUUUCUUUUCUUCUCAAGAAUAAAGAGUUUCGGGGACAAUCAAUAUUUUUCUGGCUGGCCGUUAUAGAAAGCAGCCCUGACUCUCCUUCAUGAGCCUUAGAAUCUCCUGAUGCCAUGAAACCAUGUGAUCAUAUUUCCACAGUUCCUGCUCCAGAAAAAGGAGAGAGAGGAUAUGUGGGGUCCAGACGCCAGUGAGGGAUUUGAAGGAGGUAGAGACAAUUUUUUUUCUCAAGGAAAAUUUAUUUCUCUGAGAAAGGCAAGACUUACAUGUUAUGAGAAGGGUGCCUGAGCAGUUAUCCACACUGCCAAGUCUUAAGUCAAAUUGUAUGUUUUGCUUAGCCUUCCAGAGAGCAGCAUCUAAUGGCAACAAACUCAUCACACAGGACUCGACUGGAACUUCUUUAUUUUGUUCUCUGAGCUCUGCUCUCAAACUACAAAAUGGAUGGCCCAGGAAAUGCUCAUCCACCACGUCAGUGUCUUCCUCCAAAGCCAGAUUUCCAGCUUAAAAAAAAAAAUCUUUAUUAAAGCAAAAUCACAGAAAGAGAAGAAACUCAUAAUGACAAAAUACCGAGCCUUUAACCAUGCACACCAGCCCCUGAAGUGUGGACCCUGCCUGUCUACACUCAUUAAUCACUGUCAUUAUUGCACAGCCUCUUCUGUGCUCAUGGAUGACUCUGGGUCGUGGUUCUCAUGACUUUCAGUAAGGCAACACAAUUCUAAACAUGCUCAACAAGCUGCUGUUGAGUUCUUCCCAUUUUGUGUCAUUAAAACCUCAUUUUCUUUCGGAAUGAGCUUGUCAAAUUAUAUAUGUUUAUUUGCAAGGUUGAGUGAGACCACAAAUUGACUAACCACGGAUGGAGGCCAUUUUGGUACAGGACCCAUGCACGGGAUGAGGAAAUGAAGGAGUAAUCAGGAUGACUGCCUCAUUGGAUAGUCUGGCUCUCCUCUCAGAAGAGAAUCAAUGUGCAGAGUAGUGGGAGCUGCUACAAUUACUGCCACAAUGGGAAAGGGAAAGCUGAAAUUCCUAUGAAUGAGCCCAAGGGGAGAAUAGGAAAAAAUACAGUUAGAAAGCAAGAGGAAAAGAGAAACCUUAAAUGAGUGAAUGGGGCUAGAUGUAAUAACAGACACUAGUAAAAAUAUAAAAGUCCCACCACACCUUUAAAAAACAAAAACUGAUCACAGCAAUUUCUUGAAGAGUGCUGGGAUUUUGAGGACAAAUUCUCACUUAGGUUUUUAGGAAGUGUGAACACGCUUCCCAGGCUGAGCAAUCCUCAACCUGUGGUCACGGGGUCAUCCAUGCAUGGAAAGCUCUGCUCAGUUCUCAGCAGGCUGAGAUGCCUUGCCAUGGAUAAUGCCAGGACAGAGUAGAACGUGGUCCUGUCUGUAACGGGAGCUUCCUGUUGCCUAUAAAGACUCAGGAACCACUUUGCAGUCAUUUAGUUUAAACAUUAGAAAGGGAAAUUAGGUGCCUGAUGCUGAACAGAAAUUAAUCAUUCUGAUGUCAAAGCUGUUUAAAAGGCUUUUAAGACAGGAAUACUGAAUCUAGAGAAGUAUCUACUUAAAUCUUCUCAUAAAAGAUUGUGAUAAUUUGUUUUUUCAGUACUACAUUUUCCUUUUUAAAAUCUAAAGUGAUUUUGUUAUAGUUUUAGAUAUAAAGCAUCUUCAAAAAAAACAUUUUGAACUCCUACAUUUUAACCUUUUAAAAUGUAAAAGUGAUUAGACCUGAAAUGCCCACUGGGCAUGAAUGGUAUGGGGAUCACAGCCAUGAUUAUGCAAAUCCGAUCAAAUGGCUUUGAUCUCAGAGGCAAGGGAAGCCCACAGCAUUGAAAAGCUGUCGUGCUUAUGGGUCACGAUCUUUGUCCUAACUUCUGAACACAUCCCGGACUAAUCCUUUCCUCUCUGCUCCCUUCACAAGCCAAACACUGACAGGGAAGCACCUUUCUUCUCUGGCUUUCUUCCUCUUCUUGCCCUAAAUGUUGUAAAUAGAACAUAAAAGUUAUUAAACAUUCUGAAAUGUCCUCACACUGGCCCCCAUUCUUGAAAGAUUCAGAUUACAUUAUACAAAGGUUAUUGUUAUUAUUGAGUUGAUUUCUUUUGCCCUGGAAAUAGCCAAAAUCCCCUGCAUCAAGGAACAGAAGAAACUGAAACCGCAAGACUCCCUUAUGCCCCAUUUACACCCAGAGAGCCCCAUAUUUCACAGUUCAGCUGUGGGACAGAUUGUGUGGAAGACUUACCCUGCUGUGAGCAAGGGAGACAUCACACCUUUUACUUAACAAUGCUGACUGCACACUUAUCCCUUCUUCUCAGAUUUUUUUUCCUUGGCUGGAAAUGUCAGAUGUUCCUUCCAGUUAGCAGUUCUCUGAGGCAAAGACCCAGGUAAAGGCUUAUUUCUGCUUGAAUAAUCCAGGAUUAGUAUCUCCAUCUCCUCUGUUGCCAAAUAAAAACAGCAGCUGGCAGACACGUCUGCUGAGUGAAUAAGCUGUGUUUGUGCACACACCACCUUUAUUGUGCAUUACAGUCAGUGAUGGAUCUUAAAAAGUCAAUGAAAAAAAUGUGGUGCAGAGAAAAAGAGUAAUAGUUCCAGGGUCCAAAAGGCUGGGAUUUCCUUAAAAAACAAGUCAUAGAAAAUUGACAAAAUUCCAUUGUCCUAAAGUCAACAACUAUUUUAUGAAUGUUUGUUUAGAAAGGGUUUGACUACAAUCUGCCAAGUUAAACCAAAAAGAUACAGGCUAGUCCUUCUAGAAGGAAACGGUCUCCAAGAUUUCUCCUGUCCAAAAUUUUGAAUAGUAUCUUGUCAAAGGGGGGUGCGCUGCCGUUUGUUUAUUAAAGUAUAAUGACAUAUCCUAGGAAGGGGUGAAAGGAGUGUGCAAGCGUUGGCUCAAGAUGGUUCAGUCAGCAGUUUCUGGGUUGAACUGAAGAGACAAACAUACAUCUGAAAAAAAAAAAAAAACGCAAAGGUCCAUUUGUUUUUGGAAUGUAGAGUACUGUGUAAAAUUCCUUGUAAAUUCUGUACAUAGUUCACUGAACUGUUCCCUGUGGUGUGGUGGUCCUCAACUUUGGGUGGAUGUUUGAAAAACCUGAGCACUGUAAAUAAUGUAAGCUUACGAAGCAUUUGCUUUUAUUCAUAAAGUGAAAUGAUUAGUGAUUUGGGCCCAAACCAGAAUCUCUCCAGCUCUUGCUCUUUCAUGCAUUCAGUCAUGUGACUCUGCUGUAAGCCAUAGCCAGGUGUCUGUGAUCACUGCCUCAUGCCUUUACCCACUCAAAGGGACAGCAGCUGCCUAGAAGGCUGCCAACCUGUGGGGCCAAAGAACAGAGCACCAGCAGAAACCGGAACCGGAGCAAUCUGCUCCUUGAACAGUCAUGAAAAGCAGAUACGCUGUUUUCAGUCACUGUGGCUAUUUGUAUCAAGGACUGAAUUACUGAUGCUGCUUCAGGGGUCAGGGAUGGAGGGGAUGCUCAAAAUCCACAGGUAAUCCAAAGCUUAGUCUACACCAAUAGCUUUAGCAUCUAACUUCUUUUCCACUACAUUUUCUAGAACUUCUAAUAAGACUAGAAAUGAAUAGAAUUGAUGGGUUUGAUCAGGGUGAACAAUAAAUAUCCACAGGAUAGGCAGGGGUACAGGGAGAGACAAGAAAUGUCCUGGAUAGCACCAGGUGGCAGACACAUACCCGAAAGGUACAGAGGUAACUAUGUCCUUACUUUUAAAGGUAGAGAAAAAUUUUGGUAUGAACUGAUCAAGGAGGCAAACACAGGUAUUUAACUUGGGGGAAGGGUAUGUGCAGUGUGAGCUGCUUGAAUUUGAAGAACCUGGUAAUUAAAAGGUUCCAGAUAUUCUUUCCUCCAAGUUUUCUGAGUUCUUUCAAAAGUCUUCAAGAUGUGGGCUGUUAUGGCACGGAAUGUGUUUCCAUGCAAACUGGCAAUCCCAGAGAGAGUGACAACACCAAAAGACAUUCAAAAUAUCCAAACCAUUGAAGACCGAGAUUGGUUUCUCAGUGUUAGAGAAAAAGGUGCCCUCCCUGGAGGUAAAAUCCUUUGUGUCAUUUUACAUGGUAGCAGAGUAUACAUGGGGAACUAUUAUUUUGGGACAUUUUAAUUCCAAGAUGUGACCCACAACCACCUGAACACACCUUGCUGGAACUAAUCCAUUCUGCCAAUUUUCAGGUUAGAACACACUGUGAUUUUUACCUUAGCUUUUCUUCAGAUAACACAUCGGCUAGAAUGAUUGAAAGUGUAAUUGUUGGGAGCUGCAGCAAGCAUUUGAUAGAAAUUCCUUAUAAUAAAUGAAAUACAAAACAGAAAAUAUUCAAUUCCUAGAAGGGUAGGAAUGAGGAUUCUGUGUUUGUUUUGACACCUCCCAUGGCAGGAAUUACCCAUUAAAAUUGAAGCAGUCUAACAGAUUUUUCUUGUUUCUCUUUUACCUAUUCAGAAGUCUUUGGCAUAUUAAGGGACUUGCAUCAAGGGACUCAGAACCAUUUUUUAUUGGAUCCCAAACCUCUUGGUAUCAUGGAUUUAUCACACACACACACACAAAAAAAAAAAAUUCCAAUGGGAAUUCAAAUUGGGAAAAUUGAUACUCCUGAACCAGUUGAGAAGGAAUUCCACUCUCCAAAGCAACAAUCCCUGUAUAUUCUGUCCUGUGGACAAUCAAAACAAGUCAGUACACACCAGAGAGAUCAAAUAACCUAUUAUAUUUGCCUUAGGGAUACAGGGUCACAGAUACAUUCAUUAAAAUAGUCUCAUUCCAAAGCCAAAGGAUGAUCCAGAGCAAUAUUAUUACCUGGCUCUUGCCUCUUCCUGGGUUUCCCUUUGAGGAGAAACAGGAAAGAGGAGACACUCCCAAAUAUAUUUUUAUAUGUUCAAGUAACUAAAACAUUAUAUGUGUAUUUUGAAAUUUUGGAUUUUAUAAAAUAGAUGAACUUCUCUGUCUUAUUCUUUCCCAACUACAUACCCAAAAAAAUCAAUUCCUUUACUUAUUGCCCAUCUCAUUUCCAAAGCUCAUAUGCUAUCUUGCUCAUAUUUAGAUGGCAGCUUCAAUCUUUGAACUUACAUUGUAUUUCUUCAUUAAAUUCACAAACAAAAAAAUUAUAAUUCUUCCCAAUUUCUACUCAUAAUGCCUUUAAAAGGUCUUCAGAGGCAAAUCUUUUAAUUGUGGCCACCUCUGAAGACCCUUGAAUUAUUUUUAUUUGUUUUUUAAGAGUACACAUGUUUACAAACAUCUUCUCUCUCCCAACUUUUUUCAGAAUACAGUAGAAAUGAAAAUAAUGAGCUUAGACCUGUGAAUGAUUAUGUUAUCUAUACAAUAUACCAUACAAUAUGCAUUAUAAUAUUGAAAGGCUAAACAGUGGUAGAGAGAGGGAGAGAUAACGAUGGAAGACACCUUGGAAUCAGGGUGGAGGUAUGCCUCCACUCAGGUCUGUGAUUCAUGACAUGCCAGCAGAUGACUUCGAGUUCUCUUCCAGAACCAAGUGUCAAAGGUUAGAGGGGCUCAUUUACAUGGGAGUUUAACAAAAUGGUGUCAAUUCACCAUGGUCCCUGCUGAUGCAGCCCCACAAAUCUAAUCCUAGUCUUUCCUGCAUGCCUUUGAGAGUCAGCCACUUGGUGUCAAGCUAAUUGAGGAUUACUCAUAGUUCUUCCAAACCUCAUCCAAUACACAGUUACGCAGGCAAGUAGCAAAAUUAUUUUACUGCUUUUAUAAUAUUCUGUACUACAAUCUUCCAUUUUAGGAAAGUAUCUUUAAGGGACUCUCAGAUAACAUUCAUCCAUGUGAUCUGCUCUUUGUUUCUAGAUCUUUGGAAGAUAUAGAUGUUCUUAAACCAUAUCCUCUGUAACAGGGUCAAGAAAAAGCCAUAAAACCCUCUUUUGUGGAUGGAAAAGCCAACUUCUAGCCAGCAACUGAGCCCAAACAUAUUCCGAUGACAUCUGCAGUUAUGAACUUCUUAUCUCUCUAUGUCCCUAGAAUGAAAUGACCAAAUACGCUUGAGCUUUCAAGCCAGGUGCAGCUUACCAUCUAGAUGAAAGAGAUUCUGGGUCCUUAGAACCCAUUGCUCGUCUUUCUUUCUCCUUUCCCCUUGUGUCCUGCUAUACCACGUGAUCACUCAAAUUAGUCUGAUAUUUGAGAUACAGCCAUUGCCAAAAAGUUUAUUAGAUUGUGAUUAGUCUUGUGGUUUAUUCGCUAGCCAGUGCACCCCUCCCCAUCCUAGUCUCUGAACAUGAUCACCAAAAUGAUUUCUGCAAGUAUCCUUAACUUUAACUGAAUGUUUAUGACCCUCCUGGAGUCUUCAAACUGGGGAAAGUUGUUAGGAUACUCUUUCCCCAUCCAAUUGCAAAGUGACGGUGGAUCUGUCAUACAUUUUACAUAUCAGCCACAGAUUCCCCUGUCCUCCCCCUCCCACCUACCUCUGCCUUCCCCCCAGCCCACCCCCCAUUCCCAUCUCUUCCAGGGCAAAGACUCCCCUGGGGAUUCAGCUCAACCUGGUAGAUUCAGUCCAGGCAGGUCCAGUCCCCUCCUCCCAGGCUGAGCAAAGCGUCCCUGCAUAAGCCCCAGGUUCCAAACAGCCAGCUCAUCCACUAAGGACAGGUCCUGGUCCCACUGCCUGGGUGCCUCCUAAACAGUUCAAGCUAAUCAAAUGUCUCACUUAUCCAGAGGGCCUGAUCCAGUUGAGGGCUCCUCAGCUAUUGGUUCAUAGCUCAUGUGUUUCCAUUCGUUUGGCUAUUUGUCCCUGUGCUUUUUCCAAUCUUGGUCUCAACGAUUCUCGCUCAUACAAACCCUUCUCUUUCUCGCCAAUUGGACUCCUGGAGUUUCACCUGGAGCCUGGCCAUGGAUCUUUGCAUCCAGUUCCCUCAGUCAUUGGAUGAGAUUUCUAGCACAACAGUUAGGGUGUUUGGCCAUCCUAUCACCAGAGUAGGUCAAUUCGGGCUUUCUCUCGACCAUUGCCAGUAGCCUAUUGUAGGGGUAUCUUUGUGGAUUUCUGGGGACCUCUCUAGCACUUUGCUUCUUCCUUUUCUCAUGUGGUCUUCAUUUAUCAUGGUCUCUUAUUCCUUGUUCUCCCUCUCUGUUCUUGAUCCAGCUAGGACCUCCCGCUCCCCUAAGUUCUCUUUCCCUCGAACCUUGCCCUUCAUUACCUUAUUUGUUGAAAUAUUUUAUCAUUUAUUAUAUUGAAUUUUUUAAAGAAAAUUGUUAGGAUAAUGCCUAGACAUACCGUUUUUCUGCUGUAUGUCAGUCUAUGAAUGGAACACCUUCUUUUUUUUUUUUUUUUUUUUACAAAAUUAGCUGAGUGUUCUGCUCCCCACCUCAGGCAUCCUUCAAAGAUGAUUCUUCCAACUUCCCUAUGUGCUGGUACACUCCUGCUCCUCAUAAAGCAAUGAGGUGAUUGCUUUCUUUUCUGCUUUCCCGUGCUGUUUUUGACCUAUAGAUAGAGUCACACCUAACAAUAUCAUUUUUUUUUUUCAGAGAAAGGAGGCAUUCCUAAGUGUCAAAGUCCUAACUGAGGUGAGGUUAGUAUUUUCUAACACAGGAGUAUCUGUUGAGAUCCAUUCAGGUGCAAGUGACAAAAGGUGACACUCAAAGGAUUUUUGUACAAUCAAAACAUUAUUAGCUCAUAUAACAGUAGGAUUCGAAGAAGAGACCCAUGUAGAUUGCUUAUUUCAGGAAUAUAAGACCCAAGACCCGUCUUGGGUUCUCUGAAUGUUAUCAGCACUCAGUAAAGCUGCAACAGGGUUGCACAGACUUUUCCUCAGAUAUUUAUACUGAGGGACAGAAACAGAGUAAGUCUUGCCUUAGGUUACUUUGUAAAGUCAAGGAACUCUUUCCUCAUCUCAGCCCCAGAAACCCUUCUUUUUGUCCCGUUGACCAAAGGUUAAGUUAGACAUCACUCUUGAACCAUUCACUGAAGAGUGUGGUUAUCACGACUGGCUUACAACAAAUACCCAGAGCUGUACCAUGUAAAAGCUAAUUAAUAACAAGUAUAGAAAAUCCUUUCCCACCAAAAUAUAGCACUUUGCUCUACAUCCCAGCCCUAUGAAGAUAUAACACCGGUAUGGGGACACAGAAGCCCAGAUAGCUUAAAUAACUUACCCAGAUCUGAUAGUUACUGAUGAAGUGGGUAUUUAUUCCCAGUUUUUCUGCCUCCAAAGGCAAAGUUUUUACCUCUCCCAUAUGAUCUAUAUUUAAUCCCUUUGACCUCCAUGAUACAGGCUUUUAGAGUAAUUCAAAGAUGUGUGAAACUUGGAAGAGAGCUCUCACAUCCAAGAAUAAGGUACCGUGCCCAGUAGAUGCUGUUCAGUUUCUUUCUGUCCAUUCCACCCUCUCUCUACUCCCCACACAACAGCCUUUCGUUGUCUGAAGAGAGCGAUGAAGAAAAGCCUGUGUAGCAGCAGAGCUUUGGCUGUGCUCCCUUCUUUAGGUCCACAGCAUUAUUAGAGGCUCAUAUAACCCAGUUUGCCUGAGUUGGAGUGGCAAAUUAAGUAACCGCUUUAAAUUAUAGAGUCUCAGAAAUCUGGAGGAUAUGGGAAAUAUGAAUAAGUUUACUGAUGGAGUUUAUAGUCAGCCCCAGAAAACACGACUUACCUCCUCAUGAGCCACUUGUUCCCUCCGACCAGCCUUCACCACUCCUGUCCACUCCGCUUUUCAGUCUUCUCUUGAAUUAGCUCCUUCAAAAUUGAUCCAUAGACCUUUACUACCCUUAACUCCAAUAGCCAGACAUCAUCCCCAACUACUCUUAUUGCUACACUUCAAGAUUUACAUCUUAGGGUCAGGGGCAGGAUGCUCUUCCUAGCUCCACCCCAACGAUAGCUUAGAGGACAAGCCACCAGCACCCAAAAUAUCCAUCUGAGUACCCAUCCUCCUCAUUACUUCACCUACUGGCACCUUUCAAUUCUUAUAGCAACUCUGCCCAAUGACAUUGGGUAUCUUGUGUGCUUCUAGUACUCUUGCAAAUAUUCUGCCUCGCUAAGGAAAAAAAAGUCCUUAAGUGUAAACACCCCAUUUUCUAAGUAUUUUGUAGAAUAGAAUGUAUAAAAUCUCUAAAUAAAUUAAAAAACAAAAUCAUACUUACGGUUAAGCUCUGGCUGACCCCAUGCAGAGUGGUCACUGGGAUUUUUUUUCCCCACGGAUUGAGUAGGCAGACAUAAUCUUGUUAACACCUCCAUUGUAUACAAGCUCUAGCAGAACUGAAUUUUCCAUCCUAAUUACUUUUGCUCUUCCUUUCUAUAUAUAAAAAAAGGGAACGUUUUCUCCCAUAGUGUCAUUUCUACCCCCUGCCAAUUCUAUGCCUGCCUUAUUAAAAGUCUUUUGAAUGUAUGGUCUACGGGGUGUUUGAAGUUGGGAUGGCAUUGCAGUGUCAAUGGAACACUCCAGUGUGAAUUAUAAGGGAAUAGUCAUGGAGGAGAUUGUACAGCAAGGUCUGCUUCUUCUGAGUCAUAAGCAUUAGCAUGAGCUGGGAAGGACGGGCAGUUCUUAACCACUCACCACUGCUUCUCAAUUAUCAAAAAGCAGGGCAUGUGAACAAUCUUGUGUGAACCUUUCAGUCGCUGACAUUCCUGUUGUGUAUUUACAUGCUUUCAUAGAAGAAACACAGGACUUGCACACCUUACCUCCCAGUGAGAACCAGUCACCCCAGUUUUACCAAGUAGUAUAUUUUUCUAUGUAUAUUUUCCCCAAGACAUUAGAUUUCAGUGUGUUUGGUUUUUCUUUUUUAUCAACACGUUAUUGUCUGAUUUCUUUAUCUUUAAAAAAAAAAUUCACUGGAUAAAGCUUGAAAUGUGUUUUGCAGGAGUGCCCCUGAGAUAUUUUUAAGAAAGCCCCCGGAUCAUUCUAACUCACUGUAGUAUGAAUUAUGAAUCCAAAUAACCUUUUAUAUUCAAAACAUCUACUAUUUUUCUAAGGAGGGAAUGAUUAUGAUUUUAUACGCAUGCAUUUAUUCACUGUUGCUCAACCCCCAUAUUUUAAAAUAAGCCAAUAACUCUCUUGAUAAAAAUUACCAUGUGACAUUUUUAAAAGGUCAAGAUUGCCUGAGAUUUUUGAAAUUCCCAAUGAUUUAAAUGCUUACAAGGUCCAAGCAUGCUUUAACUUUUUAAAAUAAGUUUUUGGUUUUCACCCCCAGGGCAGCAUUUUGUGCCAUUGUGAUGGACACACGAUGGCUGAUGUAACGUUGGUAUAUUAUUUAGGUUAAGGGGGAUGAAAACUUGGAGUGUACAGUGCUGUAUAAACACAAAUCCAACUGUUUUCAAGAGAAAAGCAUCGGAUUGAAGAUGGCUUUCUCAAAAUACUUCUCCUGGCUGCCUGUCAUCUCUGGAAAGUUCUUUCACUCCUCUUGAGUUCAACACGGGGGUUGAAUCUAUAGUACAGGCUUUCCACUCACGCAGGGGUGGGGGCUGGGAAAUCAAGUCUUCUUAGGCUAACGAAUGAGAAAUGACGAUGCUGCCGGCAGUGAUUCAAACACCUCUUUGGCAACUACUUCCCUGAAAACUUGACUGAAUCCAAACCUUAUCCAAACCUGCCAAUCAAGCGUCUGCUGCUUUCAUUCAGAGCAUCCUGUGUUAAAUGGCUGUGGCUUUCAAAGCAGGUGCUACAACACGUAGAAAGAAACACACACCUUCUGUUGCCUCUCAGCUAAGCUCACCAAACAUGUCAGAGGACAUUAAGUGGUUAGUUUGGUUUUUUUCCCCUUAUGUUUUUGAAUCUCCACUAACCAGUUUUGCGAUCUACCCUCCAGGCAAAUUUGAUUAAGCAACUCGUUAUCCUGAUUGGCAUUACACGGUUCUUGUAAAUAAAAGAACUCCUCUCUGGUUUUUGGAAGGCAAACUUCUUGCAUUGAAAAGAAACAAAUAUUUAAUGAUCUUUUACUCUUCGACAUGGUCUUUUCUUUCUAACAUAAGCUGGUGAUACUUUUUGUAUUCCUAUUGGACCACUAGCGAAAUUAAAUGGCAAGGAACCGUAUUUCUGAAAACCUGUAGAAAUUUUUUAAUGUAAUGGCGCAGGCUUGAACAGGUGCCAAGAAAGGGAAAGAUGGACUCCUUACUUUUAUAACUCAAGAUUUCUAUUUUGUAUCAAUAUAUGCUGCAUUUUCUGACUGAAAUGGCUGUCUGUCUCACAGGAUUUGUGAUCUUCUGUCGCUUUUUACAUUUGAAAUCAAAUUUCAUACAGUAAGCUUGUUUGUCCCUUUUUGUUUGGGAUUCGAUUAGAAUACUUUGUUUCAUUAAUUUCUUUUUUAUGUGAUAAAAAGCAAGUGACUUAUGCCUUCAUUAACUCAAAAGCUAUCUGUGGACAAAAUCCAUGAAGCCUGUAGACUGUGAUUUAUAUAAAUAAAAGGCAGAUCUCCCUGUAAACAGUGAAUUUGUGAAUAAGGAAUUGUUCAGUGGCCUCUGACUCCUGCCCCUUUGUCCCUUCAUGGCCUUCUUUCUAUUCUGAGUCAUCCAUCAAGUGAUUGUGUAUUCCUGUAAAAUACAAAAUCAAAUUACAUGCUAUCAGGUAUGGACACGAGAGACGCUUGCGCUCUCAAUUUCAGGACUCACAGCUACCCUCCCAGUCACGGGACUGUCCUUCACUCAGCCUUUUCGUUAACAGUGUGGCUUUGCUCUAAAACCCGGCGUUGUUUGCUUUGGUAGACAAGACUGGAACUGUUGCAGCAAAUGAAAGACAGAGAACACCUCUGAAAGGCCGGUGUCACAGGCCAUCAGCUCUGCUUGUAACUGCGAAACGUCUGAAAUGGAACUUAUUGCUGUAAAUAUGUACAAUUUAUGUCAGCUGAUUUCAAUAAAAAAAUAAAAAAAUCAAUUACAAAUGGCUACGUAUAAAAAGUUUCCUUUGUACUAUGUUUUAAAACACCCAAGACUCCAGGCAUAGCUUUCCACAAUUCUUUAGAACGUUUAGGAUUCUGAAUUUAUUGUUUGACAGCUUUUCUGGUAAAAACUGAUACAAAGAUCAAUCCCUGUAGGUAAAAUAGAUUCUUUGCAGAAUUAGUACAAAAAAAAAAAACUGGGAAACAAAAAGGCAGUACGUUAGUGGGAGUUUGUUUCUGCAUUACUUUUAAAUGCAUUCUUUAGGAAACAUGCCUUAUAAACAUGAACAGAUGGAGCAUUUCUGUGGUGGAUGGGGGGAAGGACAUGAACAGUUUCCUUGUACUAAAAUUGAUAUCUAACAGAAAGUCAGUAAGCAUCCAGUUGUGAGUGGCUUAUGUCAAUUUUUUUUCUUUUAUCUCUGCUGUACACAUGAAUACUAGAGCUGUCUGUUGGUCUUUCCUCAUUUGAAGACCUCUGAUUUCCAAACUCAUUCUCUCCCCUGAAAAACUGUUGACAAUAAAAUAAUGAACAGACUCAA